AAGAAGCAGAGCAGAGAAGAAAAGCAGACACAAGGCAUUGAACCUCCAUCACCAUGGGGAACUGGAUUGAGAAUGAGGGGCUCUCCAUCUUUGUCGUUCUGGUGUGGCUGGGGAUGAACGUCUUCCUCUUUAUCCAUUUCUAUGGGUUAUAUUUCUCUAGACCUCAGUUCUAUUACACUCGAAAACUUCUUGGGUUUGCGCUGCCAUUGGCCAGGGCCCCUGCAGCCUGCCUGAAUUUCAACUGCAUGCUGAUUCUGCUGCCAGUCUGUCGAAAUCUGCUCUCCUUCCUCAGGGGUUCCAGCGCGUGCUGUUCCACAAGAAUUCGAAGACAGCUGGACAGGAACCUCACUUUUCAUAAAAUGGUGGCAUGGAUGAUUGCACUUCACACUGCGAUUCAUACCAUUGCCCAUCUGUUUAAUGUGGAAUGGUGUGUGAAUGCCCGAGUCAACAAUUCUGAUAGCUAUUCAAUAGCACUCUCUAACCUUGGAGAUAAACCUGGUGAAAGUUACCUCAAUUUUGCUCGAAAGAAAAUCCCGAAUCCUGAAGGAGGCCUGUAUGUGGCUGUGACCCGGCUGGCCGGCAUCACUGGUAUUGUGAUCACACUGUGCCUCAUAUUAAUUAUCACUUCCUCCACCAAAACCAUCCGGAGGUCUUAUUUUGAAGUGUUUUGGUACACACACCAUCUUUUUGUGAUCUUCUUCAUCGGUCUCGCCAUCCACGGAGCUGAGCGAAUCGUUCGCGGGCAGACCCCACAGAGUUUAAAGGAACACAAGCCUGAGCAAUGUGACAGAGACCCCUCAGAGUGGGGAAAACCAGGAAAAUGCCCAAUCCCACAGUUCUCUGGGAACCCUCCUAUGACGUGGAAAUGGAUAGUGGGUCCCAUGUUUCUGUAUCUCUGUGAGAGGUUGGUACGGUUUUGGCGAUCUCAACAGAAGGUGGUCAUCACCAAGGUGGUCACUCACCCUUUCAAAACCAUUGAGCUACAGAUGAAGAAGAAGGGAUUCAAGAUGGAGGUGGGACAAUACAUUUUUGUCAAGUGCCCCAAGGUGUCCAGGCUGGAGUGGCACCCUUUCACACUGACCUCCGCCCCUGAGGAAGACUUCUUUAGCAUCCAUAUUCGUAUCGUUGGGGACUGGACGGAAGGACUUUUCAAUGCUUGUGGCUGUGAUAAGCAGGAGUUUCAGGAUGCUUGGAAACUACCUAAGAUAGCUGUGGAUGGGCCCUUUGGCACAGCCAGUGAAGAUGUGUUCAGUUACGAGGUGGUGAUGUUAGUGGGAGCAGGGAUCGGGGUCACACCCUUUGCAUCCAUUCUCAAGUCCGUCUGGUAUAAAUAUUGCAACAAUGCCACCAAUCUGAGGCUCCAAAAGAUAUACUUCUACUGGCUGUGCCGGGACACACACGCCUUUGAGUGGUUUGCGGACUUGCUGCAGCUUCUAGAGACCCAGAUGCAGGAGAGGAACAACGCCGGCUUCCUCAGCUAUAACAUCUAUCUCACGGGCUGGGAUGAGUCUCAGGCCAAUCACUUUGCUGUGCACCAUGAUGAGGAGAAAGAUGUGAUCACAGGCCUGAAACAAAAGACCUUGUAUGGACGGCCCAACUGGGAUAACGAAUUCAAGACAAUUGCAAGUCAACACCCAAAUACCAGAAUAGGAGUUUUCCUCUGCGGACCUGAAGCCUUGGCUGAAACCCUCAGUAAACAGUGCAUCUCCAACUCUGAGUCUGGCCCCCGGGGAGUGCAUUUCAUUUUCAACAAGGAAAACUUCUAACUGGUCUCUUCCCGGGAGAUCAGUGUGGGUUAUGCCGCCAAGUACCUAACCCAAUAAUGCUAGUUGAUCAUGUAAAUUCCCCCCUUACAAAAAGAGAGAAAAUGAAACUAUAAGGGGAAGGUUUUCCCCGAAAGGAGUGUUAAAGAUUGUUUGAUAGUGAUAAUUUGCAUUUGUAUGGAGCUUUAUGGUUUUCAGAGCACUUUUACAAACUUGAUUUCAUGUUUUACUCACAAUAAUGCCAGAGAAAGGUAGGGCAAGGGUUCCUGGACUCAGUGUUUAGGAUUUAAAAAAAAAUAGGGACUCAAAAUGGUGAGGUAACUUCCCGAAGAUUAUGAAGCGUGCACCAGAUCUAGUCCAUGCGGCCCCAGGUUUGGUGGUCUUUCUGUGAUACCAGGCCACCUGGAAGUAGGUUCAUAUACUCCCCCAAAAAAGCAACAAUCCAGGGAGUGGCCAUUCAUUUUCCAUCUUGUGUUAUCUUUGUUAUCAUUGUUGUCAUAGUGAAUGAACUCUUCCAAAUAUUUAGUAGAUAAUAUAGGCCGAGAAGGAUUGAACACUUAAGAGGGACAGGAUGGCCAUCGGAGCAGUCUCCAGCUUAGCUUUGCUAAUUAAUGUAUCACUCAGCAUUUACAAUGAUGCUUGGCAGAGUGGAUACUCGGUGAAAGUUUGUUGAAUGAAUGAAUGAAAAGACAUUUAGAACCAUACAAGGCCCGGAUAGAAAUAAUUUAAAGCCUUAAACUAAGAAUUAGGCCAAGUAUGUAUCUGAUAUGCCCAGCUGCUUUAAAUAGCAUCUACCCCUUGUUUUAUUUAAAUACACACACAAAAAUGGCUCUUAUUUGUGUGACUACUGGUUUCUUGUUACAUCAUCAUCAUCAUCAUCAUCAAAUUUAUGUCCUAGAAACCAAAAUCCCCAGCUUACUGUGUAGGUAUUGGAUUCACACCCAGUAGAAUGUUCUAGAUAUCCAUGAGUUCAAGAGUCUCUAAAUCACUGUUAGUGUGGCCAGAAACAGGGUUUUUUGUUUGUUUUUGUUUCUUAGAACCACUCUUAUUUCUGGAAACUAAAAAUAUCUUUAUUUGCCCUACCCUGUGGAACCACAGAUAUUUAGAACUACUUAACUUUGGUAAUGAGGAAGAAAUGAGAAGAAAGCUGGGGGAAGGGCACAAGACUGGGUUAGGAGAAAAGGGGAGGGCAGGGGGAAAGAGAACAGGAGGCGAACGAGAGAAAGCAAAAAAGGCACAAGGGAAGGGGAGAGGUGGGGGUCUCACACUGGUCACUUUCCACCCCAGAUUCCUUAGUCUUGUAUGUAUUGAAUGUAAUUGAAGGAGACUUACACAUGCUCAUUUUAUGUUGAUUACAUGUGGUAUUGAAUCUGAGAUUCUGGCUGCAAAUUUUGAUGCUGGGUGGGCAUAUUCAAAGGACCGGGAUGCAGUAGUAAGAACUCGGUUGUUCUCUCAGGACAUGCAGGUCACUGCGGGUUCCUCCUGACAAGUCAGGCUUGCCGUGGGCAUGUUGCCUCCCCAAAACGUCCCAGCAAGGCUUUUACUCGGAGAGACUUAGGUCCGGCCUGUUCACACUGCACCCCAGGUAUCAAUUCAUUCAUUCACCAAAUUUUUAUUGUGCUAUUACUCUGACUCAGGCUAUGGUGCUCACAGUCUCAAUUCUUUCCACCAGAGCGUGAGCGAGAGGGGGAACCACAGUUCUAGGCGGCUGAGAACCUUGGCCUUCUCUAACCUCUGUGGCAUAAGUAAAACUGACUCAUCUGUUGCUCUGAAAGUGUGUGUCCAGGGUUUUUGUUUUUUUUUUUUACCUUGAUGCCAACAUAGUUACCAUAGCAGAGAGCCCUGCCCUGCCCUGUGUUACCCUGGUUAUGAAAUGAAAAAGGAGUGUAAGAGUGCUCCUCAUUACUCCAUUCUUCUCCCAAGCCGCCGGCUUUCAGCUGCCCGCAGAGUUCUUCUGGCUUCCAGGACUUAGCACUUAGUAACAGGUACUGAGAGCAUGAUAAAGCAUUGCUUUUAAUCUCAAGGCUCAGAAGGCUUUUCUUAGUUCCCCUGCUUUUGCAAUAUUGCAUUUAUGAAAUCUGCAUACUUGUAGCUGUUGUAUUUGAAUA